GCGCCAUGGAGGCGGACGCGGGGCCGGUGCAGAUGCCGGCGCCGAGCUCGGAGCAGGGCCCGGACCCCGAGGAGGGCGCGCAGGCCCUGGCCGAGUUCGCGGCGCUGCACGGCCCGGCGCUGCGCGCGUCGGGGGUCCCCGAGCAGUACUGGGGCCGCCUCCUGCACAAGCUGGAGCACGAGGUUUUCGACGCGGGGGAGAUGUUCGGGAUCAUGCAAGUGGAGGAAGUGGAGGAAGAGGAGAGUGAGGAGGAGGCAGCACGGGAAGCCCACAGGAAGAAGCCCAACCCGGGCAGCGAGCGCUGCUACAAGGUCAUCGUGACCAACGAGAACGGGCUCCAGGCGGCCAACCCCAACAGCAUCUUCCUCAUCGACCACGCGUGGACGUGCCGCGUGGAGCAUGCCCGCCAGCAGCUGCACCAGGUGCCUGGGCUGCUGCACCGCAUGGCCAACCUGAUGGGCGUCGAGUUCCACGGCGAGCUGCCCACCGCCGAGGCCGUGGACCAGGUGCUGGAGGAGAUGUGGAAGUUCAACCAGACCUACCAGCUGUCCCACGGGACGGCCGAGGAGAAGGUGCCGGUGUGGUACAUCAUGGACGAGUUCGGCUCUCGCAUCCAGCACUCGGACAUGCCCAGCUUCGCCACUGCACCCUUCUUCUACAUGCCCCAGCAGGUGGCCUACACACUGCUGUGGCCCCUGAGGGACCUGGACACCGGUGAGGAGGUGACCCGGGACUUCGCCUAUGGAGAGACGGACCCCCUGAUCCGGAGGUGCAUGCUGCUGCCCUGGGCCCCCGCCGACAUGCCGGGCCUCAGCUCCUGCACGCCCGAGCCGCCCGACGCGCACUACCAGGCCAUUUUGGAGGAAAACAAGGAGACGCUGCCACUGGCCGUCAAUCCCGUGGCACAUCCCUGUGACCACAUCUUCAAGGUCCACACGGACGUGCAGCAGGUGCUCAGCCACCUCACCCACCCUCGCUUCACCUUCGUCCAGAGCGAGGCGGACGCCGACAUCCUCUACAACUUCUCUCACUUCAAGGACUACAGGAGGCUCAGCCAGGAGAGGCCCCACGUGCUGCUGAACCAGUUCCCCUGCGAGAACCUGCUGACGGUGAAGGACUGCCUGGCCUCCAUCGCGCGCCGGGCGGGGGGUCCCGAGGGCCCGGCCUGGCUGCCCCGAACCUUCAACCUGCGCACUGAGCUGCCCCAGUUUGUCAGCUACUUCCAGCAGCGGGAGAGCCGGGGCGAGGACAACCACUGGAUCUGCAAGCCCUGGAACCUGGCGCGCAGCCUGGACACCCACAUCACCAGGAGCCUGCACAGCGUCAUCCGGCACCGCGAGAGCAGCCCCAAGGUCGUGUCCAAGUACAUCGAAAGUCCCGUCUUGUUCCUUCGAGAAGACGUGGGGAGGGUCAAGUUUGACAUCCGCUACGUGGUGCUGCUGCGGUCGGUGAAGCCCCUGAGGCUGUUCGUGUACGACGUGUUCUGGCUGCGCUUCUCCAACCGGCCCUUCGCCCUCAACGACCUGGACGACUACGAGAAACAUUUCACUGUCAUGAACUACGACCCGGAAGUGGCGCUGAAGCAGGUUCACUACGAUGAGUUCAUCCCUGAGUUUGAGAAGCAGUACCCAGAGUUUCCCUGGAAGAGCGUCCAGGCUGAGAUCUUCCGGGCCUUCACGGAGCUGUUCCAGGUGGCGUGUGCUAAGCCGCCACCCCUGGGCCUCUGCAACUAUCCCAUGUCCCGGGCCGUGUACGCCAUUGACCUCAUGCUGAAGUGGGACAGCCGUCCAGAUGGGAAGCGAGUGAUGCAGCCACAGAUCCUGGAGGUGAACUUCAACCCGGACUGCGAGCGCGCCUGCCGGUACCACCCGACCUUCUUCAAUGACGUCUUCAGCACCUUGUUCCUGGACGAGCCCAGCAGCUGCCACGUCACCCGCCUGGUGUAGGUGCCGGCCCUUCUGCCCCUGCUGCGGUGGAUCCCAGCCUCCGACUCUGAGCUUCUGCAAAGUCCCCUCCCCACUCCCUCUGGGCACAGACCAGCCAGGUCCCAGCUUCACUGUGGGUCAGGAGCAGGGCUGGUCACACUGUCCCAGGCUGAGUGCAGGCCGCUGUCCCCUCCCCUCUGCACUGUCUGUGCGGUGAUUGCCCUCAGCUCAGCCCAGGGCUUCACUGCUGAGGGUUUGGUUCCUGGGGUGUUAGCAAAGGAGGGAUCCUGGGGAGUGUGCCGAGGUGUCCUCAGAAACAGGGUUCCCCAUGAACGCCUGUGGGAACCCCAACAUUAGCAGGGCCGGGCUGGCUCUCGUCCAGAAUCUGCUCAUGCAUCGUGGCUCCUCCCCAAGGGCCCUGUGUGACAGGUGUCCCCAAAACAUUUGGGGAACCUGCUUGCCACACCAGCCUUCUCACCCCACCCCCUCCCCCAGCUCCACCAGAACCGUCACCAGCAACCUGUGACUCCAGGACAGGGGGGCCUGCGCCUUCUGGGCCGCCGCCUUGCGGUCAGGCCUGGCAGCCCGUUCUGCUGGCCCCUGGCCUCCCCGGCACGGCCAUGCUUCCGCCCUCUUCUGAGGUUGGGUGGCACUUUGGUGGGGGACUUGGGGUGAGGGAACCAGCGUGGGCAGCAGAGCGCCAGGCAGGGGGCGGCCUCGGGAGAUGGUCCCACCCAGGACUUCACCUUCGCCAGAUGCCGUCUCCCACCAAGUCUAGGGUCAGAGUAUUGGGUUAUUGUUACUCUUUCAUUUAUGGGAAGAAAAUACAGAAUUCUUGUUCUUAAUGUUGUUUCUGAAAUUUGGAAUCAGAUGGCAGCAUAUUGUGUAGCGACAGUGCACCCUGGCCCAGCUACCAAGGCGGUGGGCAGGGAGGGGGACUGCCCGCUGAGCUCUGCCAUGUGUGUGUGCGUGCGUGCGUGCGUGCGUGCGUGCUGAGGGUGGGUAGAGCUUGUUUCAUUCUGAAGCCAAGAGCAAUCCUUGUAGCAAAACUGGACCAGAUGCGCCUCCCCCGUGGGGUGCCUGUCCACCCUCUGUUGACCAGAGCCCAGCCCUUCCCUCCAGCCGGGUGGAGGUGUAGCAGGCGGGACACCUCAUCUCUGGGUUCCUCCCCGGGAGAGCUGCUGGAGUCCUGUCCCCUCAACUGGAUUUGUACUGCAAUA